GGCUGUACCCAUAACACCACUGGUCCUCACUGUGAUCAGUGUCUUCCUGGUUUCUAUGGCGACGCCACAGAGGGGACAGCAGACGACUGUCGGCUGUGUCCCUGUCCUCUGACGGAGCCGUCCAACAGCUUCAGUCCCACCUGCGUGCUGGAGGCGUUGGGCCAGGUGUCAUGUGACCAGUGUCAGGACGGAUACACGGGAACCAGCUGUGAGAGGUGUGCCAAUGGUUUCUAUGGUAACCCACAGGCCGUGGGAGGGGCCUGCGUCCGCUGUGAGUGUAACGGUAACGUGGACGUUGGCGAGGCGGGGCACUGCGACACCGUCACCGGGGAGUGUCUGCGUUGCCUCGGCAACACUGCUGGGAGACACUGUGAGGUCUGUCAGCCUGGUUACUAUGGAGACGCCGUGGACGCCAAGGACUGUCAGGAGUGCGGCUGUGAUGUCAGUGGCGCCCUCUCCAGUGUGUGUGAUGUCACAACAGGUCAGUGUUCAUGCAGAGAGAAUGUGACGGGACGGACCUGUGAUCGCUGCCAGUCGGGGUUUUUCGGGCUGCAGAGUCGGCGGGGAUGUCAGGCCUGUAACUGCAGCCAAUCAGGAUCUCUCUCUGAGUCAUGUGACGAGCAGGGGCGGUGCCGGUGUGUGGAGGACGUGGCUGGAGAUACGUGUGACCGCUGUAACCGUGGUUACUAUGGUUUCCAUGCCAACGGCUGCACAGCAUGCACCUGUGAUCACACUGGAGGGAACUGUGAUCCUGAGAGUGGCGAGUGCAUCUGCCCCGCCCACACAGAGGGACACACCUGUGACAGGUGUGAGACGGGUCACUGGGGUCACGACCCCACCACAGGCUGCAAGCCAUGCAGCUGCAGCGCAGCAGGAAGCUCCGCCCCUCAGUGUGAGAUGACCAAUGGGAAGUGUCCGUGCAGAGAGGGGUUCUCUGGCAGGUCAUGUGACCAGUGUGCCCCUGGUUACCAUGGUUACCCAGCAUGCACGGUGUGCGGCUGCGACCUGACGGGAACGGACGAGAAGUUCUGCAACGCGACGCUGAGAGUGUGUGACUGUCGACGUACCGGAGAGUGUGUGUGCAAGGUGGGGGUGUCGGGGCGGCGCUGUGAGGAGUGCGUCUCCGGUCGCUUCGCUCUGUCGGCUCAGACUCCAGACGGCUGCUCGCCGUGUUUCUGUUCAGGACUCAGCUCAGACUGUGAGGAGCAGGGAGGACUCUACAGAGUACCCAUGGCGUUGGCUCUCUCUCCUGCUCUGCUGUCAUUGGUCAGCCAGUCGGCCCUGCAGGAAGUCAUAUCUGGCGUCUACCAGCAGGGCGGAAACGUGCUGCUGGACACCCGUCGGCUCAACAGCAGCCGGCUGACCGGCCCGCUCUACUGGAAACUACCCCCCCGGUUCACCGGCCCACAGUUGCUGGCGUACGGCGGCCUGCUCUCUUACAUCAUCACCUUUUACGCUGAGGACGGCUCAGGGCUGUCCAAUCAGGAGCCUCAGGUCCUGAUGAGGGGCGGGACCAUGAGGAAGCUGGUGAUAUACACCGACAUGGUCGCCCCUAGCAACGGAAUCAGAACACCACAUGACAUCAGGAUGACAGAGCACCAGUGGAAGUAUUUUAACGCCGUGUCGGAGAAGCCGGUGAGUCGCGCUGACUUCAUGUCCGUCCUCAGUGACGUUGAAUACGUCCUCAUCAAGGCGUCUUACGGGACCCGCCUGCAGCAGAGCAGGAUCUCUAACAUCACCAUGGAGACGGCAGUGGAGGCGGAGUCAGGACAGAGAGGGGGGGGCGUGGCCAAACAGAUCGAGUCCUGCAUCUGUCCACCUGGAUACAGCGGACUGUCCUGUCAGGAGUGUGCAGCAGGUUUCUUCCAUCAGUCUCUGUCUGAGUUGUCGUCUCAGAUUCAGAAGUCUCUGUUUGUUCGUCCGUGUGUUCGAUGUCUCUGCAACAAGCACAGCGAGAGCUGCGAUGCGGAGACUGGAGCCUGUCAGGACUGUCAGCAUCACACCAGUGGGCGGAACUGUGAGCUGUGUGCCCCGGGGCAUUAUGGGAAUGUGAGCGGCUCCAUCAGUGACUGCUCGCCGUGUGCCUGCCCCCUACUGGAAAACAGUUUCAGUCCCGCUUGUGUGUCAGAAGGAGCGUUUGGUGAUUUCCACUGCACCGCCUGUCAGACGGGAUACGAGGGGAGAUACUGUGAGAGGUGUUCUGUUGGUUACUAUGGUAACCCCUCGUCGCCAGGCGGGUCGUGUUGGCGAUGCGGCUGCAGCGGGUGGGGCUCGCUGCAGCCGCUGUGUGACGCGCUGAGUGGACAGUGUGAAUGUAAGGCCGGGGUCAAAGGUCAGUCAUGUGACCAGUGUGAUGAGAGGCACGUCCUGCAGGGAGGAGAGUGUGUGUCGUGCGAUGACGAGUGCACCGGCGUUCUGUUGGACGACCUGGAUAAAAUACACAACCACUUCCUGUCUGUCAACCUGAGCGGCGUUGCCAUGGCACCGUACCGCCAGCUGCUGUUGCUGGAGAACCAGACCAGAGACAUCCAGGUGGUGUUUUCAGGAAACAGCUCUGUCGCUCUGCGUCUGUCCAGAGUAGAAGAUGAGUUAAAUCAUUUGACCUCUGACCUCAGCGCUCUGCUGCAGCAGGUCCCACGUCUGUCUAACCACCUGGAGAAAGUGGGCAUGUCCACCAACAAGAGCCUUUCCCAGGGUGCACUGCUGCUGGAGAGCAUCAGCAGCCUUCAGGAUAACAUCCAGGGGCUUCAGAAGGAGGCGGGGCAUCUGAACCAGACCAGAGUGGAGGAUCUUGAUUCAACCAAUCAGACGCAUCUACUGGAGGAGGUGGAGUCCAUGUUGGAAACCAUCAGAGCCAUCAAUCUAACGGCCGCCAACGCUGCAGCCAAUCAGGAGCUCAGUCUUGCAGAGUUUCUCGUCCACUCUCUGCAGGUGGACUUCUUCUCCAGCAGGGCGGCGGUUAACAAUAGGCUCCGCCCCCUGUCCGCCUCCCUCACGGUUGGCAUGGAAAUGCUGCAACACGGACACACACAGCUGCGCGACACUGCACAACAAAACACACAAACACACACUCUGCUGGACGCCGCACACACUCGGCUUCACCACUACCAGUCCGUCCAUCAGAAGCUGAGUGAGGACGGUCUGUUGGUGGACGGCGUGAUGGAGGAGAGUCAGCAGCUGCUGGACGCCACUGUCAGUCUGACGGAGGAGUUGACUAACACCACGACACAGGUGGAGGUGUUUAGCGGUCAGCUGGAUCAGUGGCGCCCACUGCUGAGAAAACAGGUGGACGCUCUGGUUGUUGGACUGAAGACGACCGACGCUCUGGAGAACGUUUACCGUGCAGAAAGCCACGCCCACCUGCUGCAGAGCCACGCCCUCUCCGUGCACAGCUCUCUGUCGUCGGUGUGUAACAUGUCUCAGAACGGCAGCCGAUUGGUUCAGCUCGACAGUGACAUCACAGAACGAGUUGGCUCCGCCCAAAAGGUCGCUUCGAUCGCCCAGGACUCCGCCUCCCUCGCUCUCAACAUGACCGUCCAAUCAGAGCAGCCGCUGUCAGAGGAGGGCGGAGCCAAACUUAAAGCCAGCGCUGCUGUUUUAGAGAAAAGUCGAAGAGUCAACGAGACAGCCGAAGGGCUGCAGCUGAGUGUCUCCAUGGUAACCAGCAGACUGGGAUUGGUCAGAGAGAGCGUCCAUAACUCCAGCCUCCUCCUCCAUCAGCCAAUCAAAGAGCUGCAGAGCCUCGGUUGGUCGGCGGCGCAGCAGCACGCUCAGCUUCAGCCUCAGCUUCAAGCUGCAGCUGCACGCUCCGGCCUGCAGGAGGCGCUGCGGCGGCUGCACGGUCUCGGGCAGCAGCUGCAGGAUUCUUCUUCGUUGGUGGAAAACACCAACAACACAGCGAGGGAGACCAACCGGCUGGUGACUCACACACACACCGCAGCCAAUGAGGCGCAGCGUAAGCUGGAGGAGGCGGAGCGUCGUACAGAGCGCCUGAUGGACCGCAUAAAGCCGCUGAGCAUGCUGGGGGAAACACUGAGCAGGAAUCUGUCUGACAUCAGAGAGCUGAUCGACCAGGCCAGAAGACAGGCCGCCUCGAUCAAGGUGGCGGUGCAGGCGGACAGAGACUGCGUCCGGUCCUACAGACCUCAGAUGGCGUCCGGUAACGUGAACGCGGUGAGCGUGACGCUGAAGACGUCCCGUCCAGAUAACCUGCUGUUCUUCCUCGGCAGCAACACAACGGUGGACUUCCUGGCGGUAGAGAUGCAUGAUGGGAAGGUGUCUCUGGUGUGGGACGUGGGCUCGGGCAGCACCAGACUGGAGUUUCCUGGACUGGACAUCACCAACAACAGAUGGACCAGAAUCAACGCUACGCGGUUUGGGGCCCACGGUUCUCUGUCGGUCCAUCAGCUGGAGUCAGCUCCGUUGCCCGCGGUAACAGCGACAUCACCAGGACCGUCCCGAGUCUUAGACAUCGACAGAAACACGGUGAUCCACAUCGGAGGACUGGGAGCUCACACUCAGAGCCCGGCGGCGCUGCGAUCCUCCACCUUCCAGGGCUGUCUGGGUGAAGCAUCGCUCAACGAGAGAGACAUCGGACUGUGGAGCUACGACAGCAGAGAGGGACACUGUGGAGGCUGCUUCAGCAGUCCCCAGGCGGAGGAGACGUCCUUCCACUUUGAUGGAUCUGGGUUCGCAUUGGUUCAGAAGUCUCUGAGAGCGACGUCCACGUCGGUCGUCCUGUUGUUUAAAACGCUGUCGCCAGGCGGAUUACUGCUGUAUCUGGCCUCCAACAACACCAGGGACUUCCUGUCCAUGGAGCUGGUGGAGGGGCGUGUCCGUCUGACCUUUGACCUCGGCUCAGGUGCUCUGAUCCUGACAUCCAACAGGAAGUACAACACCGGAGUCUGGUACAAGAUCACCCUGCAGAGGAGCAAACGCAAAGGUUACCUGUCCGUCAUGGCAGCCGACCAAUCAUCAGACAAGGAGGUGUUGGAGGCGGAGUCUCCCGGAACGGCGUCCGACCUGAACCGCUCCGACCUCGAUCCGAUCUACGUCGGAGGGCUUCCUGCCUCCAGACCAAUCAGGCGACAGGUGGUCUCCAGGUCGUACGUGGGCUGCAUAAAGAACGUGGAGAUCGCACGGUCCAACUUCGACCUGCUGAGAAACGCGUUCGGAGUCAGGAAGGGCUGCGUCCUCGAGGCGGUGCGGAGUGUGUCGGUGCUCGCCGGAGGCUUCGUUCAGAUCGCUCCUCCAUCACUCGGUCAGGAGGCGGAGCUUCUCUUCUCCUUCUCCACCAAUAACCAAUCAGGAGUCCUACUGGCCGCCUUCAGUGACGAGCGAACGCAGAGACAGCACUUCCUGUCGGUCCACCUGAUCUCAGGUGCGUUGGAGGCGGAGCUUGGUGAUAUGGGCGGGGCUACUCGGAGGGUGACGGUGGUGAAACCAGACGGAGGAUCCUUCAGUGACGGAACACAACACUCUGUGAUUAUCACCAUCAACAGGAAGUCUCUGUCUGUGCAGGUGGACGAGGAACACCUGAAGUCCGUCCCUCUGUCGCCGGGGGCGGGGUCGUCUCGUUUGUCUCCAGCUUCGUUCUUCAUUGGCGGGCUGCCGUCAGGGCGGGAGUCUCGUCUGCCAAACAGAUUAUGGGAUGUGUCCAGGUGUUUCAGAGGCUGCAUCCAACACCUGGUGGUGGGCGGAGUGCUCAUCGACCUAUCAGGAGCUCUGAGGUACGAGAGGGCGGAGCUCGACAGCUGCCUAUUGGAGGAGAGGGAAGGGGGGGCGGUGCUACCUGAUGACCAGGAUGUAGAGCCAACUCCUGACCCCGCCCACCUCCCUGUAGCCCCACCCACUCACCUGAGCGCCUUGACACCUGGAGCGCUAACGUGUGUGUCGGAGGCAGAGCCAACCUUCCUGCCAUCAGCCGUUCAGUUUGGUUCGUCCAAAAACAGUCACAUGACCUUCACCAUCAACCCCAACACGGUCAGAAGAAGUGUGUCGGUGAGGUUGUCGGUUCGAAGCCGAGCGCUGGACGGGUUGAUCCUCCUCCUCUCUGACUCCACACAGACGGACUUCAUCGUCCUCAAACUGACCCGGGGGAGACUGAUGAUGUCAGCUGACCUGGGUAAAGGCCCCGCCUCCAUCACCUCUUCUGUCACCGUUAACGACGGAGAGUGGCACACUGUGAGCGGCGAGGUGAGCCGGCGGUCGGUGUCGGUGUCGGUGGACGGUUCUGGUCCGGACUCGGUGUCUGUUAAAGGAAACCAGCUGGACGUGGACGACAGACUUUACCUGGGAGGACUGCCACACACACACACUACCAGGAGGAUUAACGUCAGCAGCAGUUUUCCAGGUUGCGUUCGCUCCGUCAGUCUGAACAGAGCCAUGUUGGAUCUGUCCCAGCCGGCCUCACAGCAUGAUGUCACUUCCUGUUUCACCAAUGACCAGACAGGAAGUUACUUUAACGGCAGUGGAUACGCCGCCCUCCUGCGUGAUGGUUAUAAGGUCGGCUCUGACGUAUCAGUGUCUCUGGAAUUUCGAACAAGCCAGUCAGAAGGAAUGUUUCUGGGAAUCAGCAGCGCGAAAGUCGACGCCAUUGGACUGGAGAUGAUCAAUGGACAGCUGGUGUUUAACGUCAACAACGGGGCGGGUCGAGUGUCGGUACGUUCGAUUGGUCAGAUGUUGUGUGAUGGACGGUGGCACCGGGUGCUCGCCAGAAAAACCAAACACACCCUGAGUCUAAGCGUAGAUGGGCGGAGCUACACCACCCCCAACCCUUACCCACAAUCCACCUCUGCCGAGACCAACAACCCUGUUUACCUGGGCGGCUAUCCAGUGGGUGUUAAACAGAACUGCCUGUCGAUCAGCUCCAGGUUCAGAGGUUGUCUGAGGAACCUGCAGCUUGUUAAGUCUCACCUGAGUGACGCUCUGGACCUGAGCUCCGCCCACCUCCUGUUGGGCGUCACUCCUAACUCGUGUCCUGUUGCCGAGCAACGGCCAGCUGAGCUCUGAUUGGUCCACAGAGAAUAGUUACUGUCUGUUAGAUGAUUAUUGUAACUUUGAUCUUUGAUCUGUAAAUGUUUCUACAUUAAAAAUCAUCUGAAGAUUCA